GUGGUCGAUUGCAAAACCAUAUAUAAGGAAGAGCAGGGAUCUGUGAAGCCAGUGCUUCUCUGGAGAAAACAGGAACACAUCUCAGACUGAGCAUCUGAUUACAAGACAUCAAGAUGAAAGCUGCAGUGUGUGCCAUUCUCUUGCUGAUUCUAUAUCAAGGGGAGGCACUUAAGUGUAACUACUGUUUCUCAAAGGAGAGUAGUGACCUCUGCAGUGCAACCAGCGUCCAGACCUGUUCAGGCAGAGCUGACGCCUGUGCUGCCGUCAUAUUCCAAGGCGCGCUGAGGUCCUCGUUCCGUCAGUGCAUGAACAUGGCGGUGUGUCAGGGCUACGUCACAACACCCGGCGUGUUCGCCAGAUGCUGCAGCACCGACCUCUGCAACUGAGCCUCCUCCCUUCAGCCUGGGAUUUUACGCUCUCUGCUCAAACUCUGUUGACUUCAUAUUGCUGUUUAACUGCUGCCAUGAAUACCAAAAUCUGCUUCCUUAAAUGGAAUUAAAAAGAUGAAUUGUAUUUGUACACAGCUAUACUCACAUUGUACCAUUUGUGCCGGGUCAAAUCUGAACCGGUGAUGCUCAGUGACACUGGAUGGCACCAGAACACUGUACAGAAAAAUAAGCAUUCACUUUGGCCACCGCUGCAUAUGUUUGUGUGUGUUUUUAAAGAGCAUUAUUAAAAGACAAAUAAUGAAAUACGUGA